AUGGGUCGUCGUCACAUCCCCGAUGCACAGAAAGAGCUUCUCAUGGAGAUGCUCGACAAUGGCAUGCCUCAAGAUGAUUUGGUCAAAUUUAGCCAUGUCAGCGAUAGGACGUGUAGGAGGGUCAAGAAGCUAUACAGGCAAACGGGGAAGGUCUCGAGGAAGGCGCUUUUCCCUGGUCGGCCUCGGGCUUUGGGCGACCUGCCCCUUGCAUACCUCGAAGCACGAAUCGAGCAAAGCCCUGACUUGACUCUGCGCGAACUCCGUCAGGCCCUCGUCACUGCGUACGCUAUCGACGUAACAGAGCAGACCAUUUCGAACUCCCUCAAACGGCGAGGCUGGUCGCGAAAAAAGCUUUCUCGUCCGGCGCUCGAGCAAGACGAAGAGAAACGCGCGGCUUUCCGCCUCGAAAUCGCGCAAUACGCGCCGUGGAUGCUCGUCUUUCUUGACGAGUCAGCCGCGGAUCGACGUACAGCGAGACGCACGUAUGGCUGGGCCCCCAUCGGAGAUCGUGCUCGUCGUCACGACUACUUCGUGCGCAAGAAACGUUAUUCCAUCCUUCCCGCUAUAUCCCUUAGUGGUGUCGUUUACCUUGACAUCAUUGCUCGCUCUUGGAAUGGCGAGCAAUUUGAUCGCUAUCUCGACGCCCUCCUCGACAUGAUGCAGCCCUACCCCAAUCCGAACUCCGUCCUUGUGAUGGACAACUCCAGUGUCCAUCAUUUCGAAGGUGUUCGCCAGAAGGUAGAGGCUCGGGGAUGCCGACUCGUGUACUUAUCUCCGUACUCGCCUGAUUACAACCCGCUCGAGGAGGGCUUUUCGGCGAUGAAGGCCUGGAUCCGUCGUAAUCGGGAGUAUGUUCUUGGCCGUCUUCGACACGAUGACCCCUGA